AUGCUCGCAGUUACGAGGUCACUCCUCCCAAGCCUGCUGGCGAUCGUCGCAGCUCCUGGGGUGCGGUCUAUAGCAUGUCCUGUACCCGCCACUCCUAGCCCAUCUUCCUUCGCUGCUACCGCCUUCGAUUACAUUGUGAUCGGCGGCGGCACCGCUGGGACUGCGUUGUCUGCUAGGCUUGCAGAGAACCCGUCUGCCGUCGUUGGGGUCAUUGAGGCAGGGAUAUUACACUUGAAUGACCCCAUCCUCGACGUUCCCGGUCACUUAGCAUCCUCCGGUGUUGGCAAUAAGACCUACGAUUGGGACUUCGUCUCGACUCCACAGGUGAAUGCCGGCGGGCGGAACCUGUCUCUCUCAAGGGGCAAACUACUUGGAGGAUCGAGUGGAAUCAAUGGGCUUGCGUGGGAUCGGGCAUCCGCAACGGAGUAUGACGCGUGGGCAACCAUCGCUGGUGACAAGAGCUGGAGUUGGUCCGGUCUGCUUCCGUUUCUGCAGAAGGCGGAGAAUUUCUCCAAGACGCCUGCCGACCCGUUUCCGGGAAUCACCCCUGCGGAAGCCGCCGAGGUUGAGGCAGACCUCCCCCACGUAGACGGCUUCUCUGGGCCUAUCGUCGCUUCGCUCAAUUCGCUUUAUUUCGACACGGUUACGAACGUGACUGUGACGCUCAACAACCUUGGCAUUGAGACCAACGCCGAGCCUCAAGGUGGCAACACCACCGGAGUCUCGAACAUUCGUCUUAGUCUGUACCGUACACAGGGUGUCCGCUCGUAUGCCGCCACUGCGUACUACUGCUCGCACGCCAGUAAACCUAAUUAUCAUGUCCUUACCGGCGCCCAGGCCACGAAGAUCAUCUUCUCGAAGACACGAUAUGGGCUUAUCGCCACUCGAGUCCAGUUCAUCUCUGACGGACAGCAGUACACUGCACACGCUUCGAAGGAGAUCGUUCUGUCCGCCGGGACGAUCCAAACUCCACAGCUUCUCGAGCUUUCAGGGAUUGGGAAUUCCACCAUACUGAAGAGCAAGAACAUUACGCCGCUCAUCGAUCUCCCUGGAGUUGGAGAAUCAUUCCAGGAGCACUUUUUCGCCGCGGCGCAGUGGCAGCUCCGGCCUGGUGUACAAACGUUCGGUAUUCUUCGUAAUAAUGCGACAUUUGCUGCUGAGCAACAAGCGCAAUACGCUGCCAACCACACCGGACUUCUCGCAGCAACCGACUCCCUGACGGCUUUCCUCACUCUGCAGGACAUCGUCUCUCAAGAUAGAUUGCAGGAACUCCUCAGUAUCUUUGACCAGGAGGCAAGUGCGCCGGGUCUUUCGGGUCUACAACAGCAGCAGUACGCGCUGCAGAGGGAGUGGUUCGCACAGGGCAACGUUCCCGCCGUCGAGCUUAUCCUGUGGAGUAAAGGGCUCAUCAAUGUCGAGCAAGGAGAGAGCUAUGCGGUCAUACUUGGCGGUCUCAUGCAUCCUGUGAGUCGUGGUAGCACACACAUUGCUUCCUGCGAUCCGCUCGCUUCUCCCGCCAUCGACCCGAAGUACCUGAGUCAAAACUUCGAUACCGAGGUGCUCUUGGACGUCCUCAAGUUCCUGCAGAAGCUUGGACAGAGCGCUCCUUUCUCUGAUUUGGUGACCGUUCAGACGAACCCUGAUCCCACGGCGCAAACAGACGACGAACUCCUUGCAUACAUCCGCGCGAGCUCCGCUGGUGGAGACCAUCUAGUUGGCACGGCUGCCCUGGCUCCACAAGCUUCUGGAGGUGUUGUGGACGGCUCGCUCAAGGUGUACGGCACGACGAACCUCCGUAUCGUCGACGCCAGUGUCUUCCCUAUCCAGAUCGGGGCUCACAGUCAGGCUACUGUCUAUGCCAUCGCGGAAAAGGUAAAGUUUUGUCUGCUGAAGACGAUGUGA